GAAAGUUCAACAGACGGAGGACUACCCUGUGGACAUCUAUUACUUGAUGGACCUCUCAGCGUCUAUGUUUGAUGAUUUAGAGAUGAUAAAGGACUUGGGAACGACGCUGUCUAAAGAGAUGGCCAAACUCACCAGCAAGUUCCGCCUCGGCUUUGGCUCCUUUGUGGAGAAACCCGUCCUGCCGUUCAUCAAGAUAACGGAGGAAGAGCUGGCCAAUCCCUGCAGAGGCGUUGACGCCAUCUGCCUCCCCACCUUUGGGUACAAACACGUCUUGUCUCUGACGAGCAGCACCGACAAAUUCAACCAGAUCAUUGCUGAACAGCGGGUGUCUGCCAAUAUGGAUGUGCCAGAGGGUGGCUUCGAUGCCAUCAUGCAGGCAGCUGUUUGUGGGGACAAGAUAGGCUGGAGGAACGACUCCAUGCGUUUACUGGUUUUUGUCAGUGAUGCAGACUCCCACUUUGGGAUGGACAGUAAGAUGGCUGGCAUUGUUAUCCCCAAUGAUGGGCAGUGCCACCUGGACAGCAACAAUGAAUACGCCAUGUCCACGAUGCUGGAAUACCCAACUCUUGGGCAGCUGAUCGAUAAACUUGUGGAGAACAAUAUCCUACUGAUAUUUGCGGUGACCGAGAUGCAGAAACACAACUACGAGAGCUAUACAAACCUUAUACCCGGCGCCACGGUCGGAGUCCUGGCGAAGGAUUCGCGGAACGUCCUGGAGCUGAUCGUGAAAGCAUACAAAGAACUGCGUUCAGAGAUAGAGCUGGAGGUCUUCGGAGACACAGAGGAGCUCCAGAUGUCCUUCACAUCCAUCUGCCAGGAUGGAAAAGUCCUCCCCGGGCUUAAACGCUGCUCCAACAUCAAAGCUGGAGACAAGGUGGCGUUCAACGUCUCCGUGGAGCUGAAGGGAUGCCUGCGGGGCCUGCAGCGCUUCUCCCUCAAACCGAUGGGCCUCCAGGACAGCCUGGAGGUGGAACUGGAGUCGCUCUGCUCCUGCGACUGCCAGCAGUCCUCCGAGGCCAACAGCAGCCUCUGCACGCGGGGCCAAGGGGCCCUGGAGUGCGGCGUGUGCGUGUGCCAGCCGGGCUACAUGGGGCCGCAGUGCGAGUGCAGCGAGGAAAGCGCCCUGACCAGCAACUGCCGUCCCUCUGCCGAGGCCGAGUUGUGCAACGGACAGGGGGAUUGCUACUGCGGCCGCUGCGUGUGCCACGCGUCCAAUUUCGGACGUCUCUACGGGUCCUACUGCGAGUGCGAUGACUACUCCUGCGUCCGCUUCCGUGGGGAGCUCUGUGGAGGCCACGGAGAGUGUGACUGCGGGGAGUGUGUGUGCCAGAGUGGUUGGAUAGGGGAGUAUUGUAACUGCAGCACCAGCAAUGAGGCCUGUGUGUCAGAGGACGGAGCCCUCUGCAGCGGCCGGGGCAAGUGUGAGUGCGGCCAUUGUGUUUGCACUGUGCCCGGGGCGUCUGGGGACAUGUGUGAGAAGUGCCCGACAUGUGGCGACGCCUGUAGCUCCGCCAGGGCCUGCGUAGAGUGCCAUCUACAAGCAAAGGAGGACACCGAGGUGUGCGUCCAGAAGUGCAGCGUCCCCAAAAUCUCCAUCAACUCAACGACAGAACGUGACAAGAGCCAUGCGACGCACUGCACGCUGAUGAGCGAGAGCGACUGCCUCAUCUCAUUCAGUGUUGUGGUGGAUGACAGUGACACCACUGCCUAUGACCUCCAGAUCUACGAUUGCCCCGACUCCCCCAACAUCCCCAUGAUUAUACUGGGGGUCUCCCUCUCCAUCAUGUGCAUCGGCCUCAUACUCCUCGUCGUGUGGAAGCUGCUCAUCUCGGUGCACGAUCGUAAAGAGGUGGCCAAGUUCGAGGCCGAGAGGGCAAAGGCCAAAUGGCAGUCGGGUACCAACCCUUUGUUCAGAAGCUCUACAUCAACCUUCAAAAAUGUAACUUACAGGAGCACCGGGAGAGACAAGGUUAUUACAAUGAAUCACUACUGACGACAGCCCGACCUUAUUAGAGAUGCAAUGCCAAAUACCAGCAUCUGAGUGCACUGGAUGUGUGUGUGAGUGUGUGUGUGUGUGUGUUGGGUGUGUGUUGGGUGUGUGUGUACGUGUGAGAUAGAGAGAUUAAAUAUUGUACCACUCUGUAGUUUUGUGUCAGUCAGGGAUGACAAGACACAGAGGACAAUAGCCUACUGUUGAUUUUGCCACUGUAAAAAGGCGUAUCGUCCCGCCUGUGACGCGCAGACGUCGAGAUGAACACUGUCUUUACCUGCUGAGUGACGCAACACGUUUUCACAACACUGUAAGGCGCAGCUUGGAGGAGUGGACGUAAGCGGUACGAGUGGUCUGCUACUGAACCCAUGCUCUUUUAAAAAAACAAAAAAACAACUGUAAAUAUGUGUUCUGUUAUGAUUAUGAUUUGUCAAAAUGUGUUGUUUGUUUUCCUUUCAAAGCGAGGCUGAGCCUUAAUUAUUGCUUCCCGAGUUCCUUUCAAAGGUGUGCGGCACAGAAAUAAAGUUGAACUUUGUUUUAUUGUGAAA